AUGCACAAAUUGCAGAAUCCGGCGAGUUGUACGAUGCCUCUUCUACCCUGUACCAAUCUGAAGUCGACUAGAAAUGUGGUGGAGAACGACCCAUAUUCCUACGCUCCAACACACACGGUCCCUGUAACCCCCAUUCCGGAUCAAGCCCCGUCAGUAGUAUUGUCGUCACCAUAUUCAGAUGCUGGAGUUGGCAUUCUCCAGGAGCCGCAACAUGUUUUCACCAUGGCAUCUACGAGCCCUCGCUUGACUGAUCGCGAAAAUUCUCCCGAACUAACUUCGGCUUUGAUUCACUGCUUCCUUGACAAAUUUCGCGAGGAUCACUUUUUCUACCUUCCCGAAAUGUCGAUCAAUAAUUCUAGCGAAACUCUGCGCAGCCUCUCGAUUACCGUCAUACUCUGGGCGACAUACCUAGGCGCAGAUAGCAUAUAUCCGGAAGAAAGGCUUUUAGCACUGGCGGUAUCCAAUGCUGCACGCGACUCGACUACCCUCGACCAUGCCUCAAACCAUCAAACGUCGAUUCAACUGAUCCAAACGCACAUCCUGCUUUCACUCUACUUUCUCGACCACGCCAUUUUCAUGCAAGGACGACAUCACUGUGGGAUCGCCACCUCGUUGGCGUUUGGCAUCGGUCUGCACCACCUCAAUGCUCAGUUGUAUGCUGGUCCGGUCCCGCCUCAGUUCCUCCGCAACAUGGGAUCCCGAACGCCAUCACUAGCAACAAGCACGGACGAGCUGACCAUGUUGUCCAAGGCCUUCUGGGCAGUGGUCACCCUGAAUCACUAUUGGGUCGCUAUUACGGGCACGCCUUCCCAUCUUCCCUUUGAUGCCAUUCCCGUCAUCAGCACACAUCAGCCAACAAAUAAUAUGGAUCAUAUACUGACUCAGGCAUCCAUCUGUCUUCAGCGCAUCGUCGCGUUUACGGCGACUGCGGGCUACCCGCCGCCUGAAGACGACUCGCGAGCAUUUGCCGACGAACUUGAGGCCUUCACCAACACGGUUCUACUUCCCGUUGGCAACCGCGGCGGUCCAACGCUGACUCUGUCUCAUCUCUUUAUCCAUGCUGCCGUCCUUCAAUUGCAUGCUCCCUAUAGCAAUCAUUCGAUGACAUCCAACACGAAAUGCUGGGCAGCAGGCGAGCACAUGCUAGCGUGUCUCGCCCAUAUGACAACAGAGCAGACCGCUUCAGCUGACAUAAUCAUAGCACCGCUCCUUGCUGUUUUCGCGGAAUUCUACCUCAAAACGCCGAAUGCGAGCACCACGGCAAACGUCCAACGCAUUCUCGCUGCGCUGGACGCAUUCUCCAAAAGCAAGGGAGAGCGGAGUACGCUUAUUCGAAUCUGCAUCGCAAACAUACAGGCAGAAGCCCAGUUCUUUCAAGUUCAUGGAAUGUAUUAG